UCCAGGCUAAUCCGGUUGGACCCAGUCCCUUUCUUUUAAUGGGAUUUUUUAGGCGCUGACCAACGGGCCAGGCACUGUACUGAACGCUGGGAGAGAUCCCAGAGCGGGUAAGUGAAGGCGGGAGAGGCGCAGGGAGCGGAGGCGGCCUCCUCCCGGGCCCCCAUCGAUCGAGCCGUGGCCCGGGCAGAGCGGCGGGCAUCAUGAGCGUCGGCUUCAUCGGGGCCGGACAACUGGCCUUUGCCCUGGCCCGGGGCUUCACGGCCGCAGGCAUCUUGGCCUCCCACAAGAUCACAGCCAGCUCUCCUGACAUGGAUCUACCCACGGUCUCUGCUCUCCGGAAAAUGGGGGUGAACCUCACCCCGAAUAACAAGGAGACGGUGCAGCACAGCGACGUGCUCUUCCUGGCCGUGAAGCCCCACAUCAUCCCCUUCAUCCUGGACGAGAUCGGCGGGGACAUCGAGGAACGCCACAUCGUGGUGUCCUGUGCCGCCGGGGUCACCAUCAGCUCCAUCGAGAAGAAGCUGACGGCCUUCCUCGCGGCGCCCAAGGUGAUCCGCUGCAUGACCAACACCCCCGUGGUGGUGAGGGAGGGGGCCACGGUCUACGCCACGGGCACCCACGCCCAGGUGGAGGACGGGAAACUCCUGGAGCAGCUGAUGGGCAGCGUGGGCUUCUGCACGGAGGUGGAGGAGGACCUCAUCGACGCCGUCACCGGGCUGAGCGGCAGCGGCCCGGCUUACGCUUUCACCGCCCUGGAUGCCCUGGCCGACGGCGGGGUGAAGAUGGGGCUGCCCCGGAGACUGGCCGUCCGGCUCGGGGCCCAAGCUCUGCUGGGAGCGGCCAAGAUGCUCCUGGACUCUGAGCAGCACCCCGGCCAGCUGAAGGACAACGUCUGCUCGCCGGGAGGCGCCACCAUCCACGCGCUGCACUUCCUGGAGAGCGGCGGCUUCCGCUCGCUGCUCAUCAACGCCGUCGAGGCCUCCUGCAUCCGCACGCGGGAGCUGCAGUCCAUGGCGGAUCAAGAGAAGAUCUCCCCGGCCGCCAUCAAGAAGACGCUUCUGGACAAGGUGAAGCUGGAGUCACCCUCUGUGUCCACCCAGCCGCCCGCCAACCGGGUCAAGUUUUUCAACCGCAGCCAGGGACCCGGGGCCAAAAAGGAUUGAGGGGCGGAGGGGGCCGUCGAGCCCCUUCGCUCUUCUCUCGUCGACCCCCGUCCCCGCUCCCUCUCCCCUCACCUCUCUUCUCCCCCCCCCCCCCAAGAGGGGAGGUCUUCCCAGAUCGGUAGGAUUCCCUCGGCUGUCUGCAGCGCGGAUGGUGGCAGAGCCGGGGGCCGGUUAAUCAAGUAACGGUACUUAUUGAGCGCCGGAGCGCUCGGAGAGGGCGGCAGAGUCGGUCGGUACCAUCCCUGCCCUCAAGGAGCUUACGGUACGGCGGGGCGGCCGGGGAGAAGGAACCCGGCUCGGAAUCCGCCCCCCCCCCCCCCGACGGGCUCCUAGCACAUCAAUACGGAUCAAUGGGGCUGGGGGGCUUCUCUCCCACUCCAAGCAGCCAGGCUGACCUCUUAAAGGUCACCGAGGAAGAGCCCGGGACGGGGGGUAGGAUCCCGGGACCUGGGUUCUAAUCCCGGCUCCGCCGCUCGCCUGCCGGGUGACCUCAGGCCAGUCACUUGGCUUCCUCGUCUGUCAAAUGGCGAGUCGAUGCCUAUGCCCCCUCCCGCUCGGUUUGCGAACCCUGGGUGGGGCGGGGGUUGAGUCCAAACCUGAUCAACUUGAAUCUCCAUCACCGCGUAGCGCAGUGCUUGGCACAUAGUAAGCACUUAAGUACCCUCGGCCUCAUCGUCAUCUGUAUUAUCAUCACCGUCGCUCGUGGGCUCGGGGGAAGGUCACCUGACCGCCCCCAGGCAUCGCGGCCCCGUCCCCGAAAAACCUAGCCUAAUUUAUUGCCUCCAAGUGGGAAGACUCAGCCCUAUCUGAAGCCCCGUCUCUUUGUCCCUGGGCAAGACACUCUGCUUCUCUGUGCCUCAGUUUCUUCAUCUGAAGCCCGUGUCCGGGGAGACCGAGACACCCCGGGAUUCCUCCCCCACCCAAACAAUAAAUCUUUUCGCUCUUCA